GGUCGGUCAGUCAGUCUGCGGGCUGAGCGACGGAGGCUGCGGACACUUUUCCACCUUUUCUCCGCUUCACGCAGGUAUCCCGCUCCCUUCAGCGCAGACAACAAGUCACCUGGAUUUUAAAGCAACAAGGAAAAGACAAAGAACAAAGAAGACCCCCUUUUUUUUUCCCCCUACGUGCCCUCCACCUGAUGUGAAAGGGGAAAAAGAGAGAAGGGAAAGGAAAGAAAAAAGAAAUAGAAGAGAAAUGGGAGCGUUCCGCGUGCUGCUGGGGAGUUUACAUUACAUGGGACUCUGCGUGCAACUUAGUGUCUGCACGAGACAAGCUGGACACGGAGAGAUAGAGAACCACAUCUCUGGGAACGCCAUGUUCACAGAGGUACCUCAUGAUAUGACGGCUCAGAGGGGUCAGGAUGUGGAGAUGGCCUGCUCCUUCAGGGGAGCGGGGAUGCCCUCGUAUUCCCUGGAGAUCCAGUGGUGGUACAUCAGGAACCACCUGGACUGGACGGACAGACAGCCCUGGACCACCAAUGAGGUGGCUCCAGAUGAAGAGAUGCCAAAGGAUGCCACAAAAAUAAGUGUUGUGAAGGUUGUGGGAAGCAACAUCUCCCACAAGCUCCGCCUCUCCCGAGUCAAGCCGUCCGACGAGGGUACGUACGAGUGCCGUGUCAUCGACUUCAGCGACGUCGCCGGCGCCCGUCACCAUCGUGUCCGAGCCUACCUGCAGGUGGUGCCUGAAGGCGAAGCCCCCGACGCCACCCACAACAACAACUUCGACGCCCUGGAUGAUACCAAGAGAGAAGUGGGAUUCGGCGACGGGGAAGGAGCGAAAGACCACAGCCAUCACCAGAACCACGGCCACCACCACCAGGAGCACGGCAAGCAGCCUCCGUCGCCCGCCCACCACGGCCACAGCCAUGGCAGCAGCAGUCAGCAGCACAAGGCAGGACGGGAGCUGAGGAAGAGGGACGUGGACAGUAACCACAACCACAAUGACUGCACCAACGAGCCCAGCUGCGCUCUGUAGACGCCGGCUUAUUCCACCUGACUGAUAGAUUACACAAGGAUUGCAUAAUGUGAUGUGUGUCACAGCAUGAAAAGCUAUUCUUCCCACACAGUGCAGGCCUGUGCACAUACCCAGAAUCCCAAGAAAUGUACAGUGUGGCUCACUCAGAGCCAGGGCGGUGGACGCGCUGUGCUGGGAAACGUAGCUUUUUCUUGCUGUGCAUAGGUCUGGGUGGAUCUGCUCACUGUCUGGUCUGUAAAGCCUUGCUUCAUGACAUUCAGCAGAGGGGCUGACGUGUAGAUAUAGGCAGCUCCACAGUUCCUGGUCUCAGCACCAACAAAGAGACUCUGUCUUAGUAUUAACCCAUGCUAUGUCCCACAGUCUGUAAAUGAUAAAACCCUGCUUUUCACUGACAUACUUUUCCACUGCCUUACUCCAUCAUCAAAUACACAUAUAAAAAAGUUUCAUAUUUGAGGACUCUAUAACACUAUGGGUUACCUUCUAUAAGUGGGUAAAAGAAACAGGCCUAUUUAUUACACUGAAUGAAACUCAUUUUGAUUUCAUUCGGCACAAUAAUUCCUCUAGUUCUUCAUCUUCUGCUCUAGUUUAAUUCCAGCUUUUUCUAUCUUCAAAUAAUGUUAGAAAAUGCAUACAAACUGAAGUUGCAGACAGUUUUAAAUUGAUUCCACCACACAGGGAGAAGGAAAAACGUUAGAUUUAGUUGGAUUUCACCAAGAUCUCAGCUGCCAUGUUCAUCAAGGUCAGCUCUUUUCAGUUUGUAUGAGCACAGCGGCCGUGUGGAAAGCGUAGGAGGGUUUGUAUCUUAAGCUGGCCUUCCUAGAACGUUUGGAGGUUUUGAUUCUGCAGCGCAACACAAAUAAAUAAUCUGCUUUGUGCUGUAGGUUCGAUCCAUUCAUGGCUGAGAAAAAGACACCCAUCGAGAUCAAAUCUGUGCAACAAAAUCCCAAAUCCGAUUUGGUGCGCCUGAGAAUCCAGUCUGUGAUAAAGAAUCAACAGAAGUAAUCCUACUGUUCUUUGGUGCAUUUUUUGGGUAGAUCAGUCCUGUAUUCCUGUCUCAGCUAAGUUCCUUGUACAUGUAUUCUAAGGCUCUGGCCCGGCGCUCAUCAGUCAUUGAAAAAGCCUCAAUCCCCUCCACUACAAGCCUCUAAUCCACUCUGUAUAUACAACUGUAUAAUAUGAAAUAAAGUGAGUGCAUGUUUAGUAAUUUUCUUAACAACUUUUUCAACCAAUCAUACACAAAAACAAUGUUAGUUAAGAAUAUCACUGUCCAUUCUGUCCUAAAGAUCCUUUUCUACUUCUGAAGUCCUGUCAGAUACAGAGCUUUUUUUUUCUCUCCAAAAGGUUUCUGUUGCUUUACUGCUCUCCAGAAGUGCUGUACAGACAGAUGAAUGACAUAUUCCUAUUCAUAGCUGCUCAGAAAGGGGUUUCCCUGAUGUAUCUUAGUACUUAACGCAGUGUUUCUUAAACCACAGUACUGUAUGUGGAGGGCUGGAAAAGUGUUAUUGAAUUUUAAUGAGCCCAACGCUGGGAUCGAAUUAAUUUCAUCAGGUUGGGAAGGGGCUGAAAAGCUGUGCGCCAUUUUACUUCUGCUAGUUUUGUAAGUCAGCCUGAAGAGAUGAAACGAGACAGAGUGAAUGUGGAUAUGACACCAGGUCACAGAUUGAGGGUUAGAACGAAGAGGGAAACAUUGUUAGUGAAACUGUCCACAUCCUCAGAAUGCAGUCGGCAUCUGAAGUGGUGCUGUGUUCUCCAUCUGAGGAACAUCGGCAUUCCAUUCCAGCAGGAAAGUCCCAAAACAAGGAAGGAAGAGGAAGUGGGACUGUAAUUUAGUUUUUUCCAAUCAAUAUCUUUGAUUUGAUGUUUUGUAAAGAAGAGAGCACUGUUAAAAUAAAAGAGGGAAAAUGUACAUUUCUUCUAGAAUGUUUGGUCUCACACUAAGUGUAUGCCUUUAUCAAAUGAAAUAAAUUGUAUAUGAAACACCA